AUGAAUAAUAAAAAAAGUUCUUCAAUGUCAUUUACACGUCGUCGUCAAUUAGAUGAAGCAUUUCGUCGUUCAAAUCGACAAUGUGAACAAAAAGAAUUAUGUCAAAAAUAUUUAUCAACUAUUUCAGGACAAACUGAUACUUCAUUUCAACAACAUCAAAAAGAAUUAGCUGAAAUUGAGAUGAUUAAUUGUAUACGUCGUUGUAUAUCACAUUUAUGUUAUAGAAAUAUUUAUGAAAAAGAUCCACUCGAACGUGGGGAAAUUGAUGUUCGAGCGAAUCAAUUUAAAUCUUGUUGGAUUAAAGAACAAAAAAUAUGA